CUCACUGAAAGCUCUGGAUUGGGUCUACAUAAAUACAGUACUGUUAGCACAAUGGAUGGGAUGCAUCGACUGUGACCUCCUCUUCUUCGUGCUUAUAGAUCUUGGUACUAAUAAGGAUCAGCAAGCUGUACAUAUAAAGCCUCUCCCACGACAUUGUUCUCAGAUCUGAUGGAUGCAAGUGUACCAAUUGGACUCCCAGGCCUGUUUUGCUGAGUUAAGUCUGGAGUCUUUUUGAGUGGUGGGCUGUAGUAGAGAUGUACUUGCCGCAGAGGAAGGACUUUGUCUCUUUGACACUGGGAGACCAGCAUAGUCUCAGCUACACCAACGACAAGCACCACAGACUGUCCUGCUGGAGGAAAUGGAAGCAACUGUCUCGACUUCAACGCAGUCUCGUUCUUUUCCUUAUGGCCUUCCUCUACAUCUGUGGUAUUCUCUCUUAUCCCAGUCUUACAGAACAGUGGAGAGGCUUCUCUGAUAGAUCAAUGAAGGAGGACUGGGAAGAGAUGGAUAACAGAGGUCUCAGGCCCAUCCCUCCUGGCCUUGUCCCAAAAGAACCGGUGGUGCCUGUCCCUGAGGUCAUCCAGGAUAUCCCAACGGAACUGCUGCUGGAGAUUCAAAGACCAACAUUUCCAAUCCUUCACAAACCUCCAGCAAUGAGGAAGCCCCCCAGCAAGCGCGGCCCUCCAGCCUAACAGAAACAAGGAAAUGUGACCAACUGGCAGUUGAAAGACAAAGAAGGGCCUGUGGCCAAGAAAGAUGAAGAGGAAGGAAAAGAAGUGAAAACAGUCAUUAGCUGGCAUGGGGUAAUAAUAGAGGCAGAACAGGAGGUGGAGCUUCAGCCCACUGGUCAUGGAAUAGAGGAAGGAACUUGGGCUGAUUCUGAGGGGGCUGCCCCCUUAAAACCAGUUACAGUUAAACCUGUGGAUCGUGUAGAGGCAGUGCUUGAGGCCUUCAGGCAUGCAUGGAAAGGCUAUAAGGCAUUUGCGUGGGGUCAUGAUGAACUGAAGCCCAUCUCUAAGACUCAUGGAGAGUGGUUCGGCCUGGGUCUUACUCUGAUAGAUGCACUGGACACCAUGUGGAUAAUGGGCCUGAAGGACGAGUUUGAAGAAGCUAGAAAAUGGGUCGAGACAGAAUUAUCCUUUUCCAAGAAUGUGGAUGUAAACCUUUUUGAGAGUACCAUCCGUAUUUUAGGGGGGCUUUUGAGCACAUACCACCUGACUGGAGACACUCUGUUCCUGGACAAAGCUAACGAAAUUGGCUCUAGAUUAAUGCCUGCCUUUAAAACCCCAUCUAAAAUCCCCUUCUCUGACGUGAACAUUGGUAAAGGAACAGCUCAUCCUCCACGCUGGACCACAGACAGCACUGUUGCAGAAGUGACAAGCAUUCAGCUUGAAUUCAGAGAGCUCAGCAGACUUACUCAUGACCCACAGUACCAGAAAGCAGUGGAAGAGGUGACAAGACAGGUACACACGUUAGAAGGAAAGCAUGAUGGUCUGGUGCCCAUGUUCAUAAACACCAGCAGUGGGAAAUUCACACGCAAAGGGGCCUUCACGCUGGGGGCACGUGCUGACAGUUACUACGAAUGCCUGCUCAAACAGUGGCUACAGGGUGGCAAGAAAGAGACAGAGCUGCUCGAGGACUAUCUUCAGGCUAUAGAGGGUGUCAAAAAGAAUCUCCUGAGACAAACAUCUCCAAGUAAACUGACCUUCGUAGGGGAGCUGUCCAACGGCCAUCUCAACACCAAGAUGGAUCAUUUAGUUUGUUUUUUGCCUGGCACGUUGGCUCUUGGUGCUCAUAAUGGUCUGCCUUCAGAUCACAUGGAUCUGGCCCUGCAGUUAAUGGAGACUUGUCAUCAGAUGUAUGCACAGAUGGAGACGGGCUUGAGCCCUGAGAUCGCUCACUUUAACUUGCAGUACCACAAUGAACGAGAUAUUGAUGUAAAGCCUGCAGACAGACACAACUUACUAAGGCCUGAGACUGUGGAGAGUCUAUUCUACAUGUACAGAUUCACCAAGGACAGCAAAUACAGAGACUGGGGCUGGGACAUCCUACAGAGUUUUAACAAGCACACUAGAGUCCCCAGUGGCGGCUACACCUCCAUUGGUAAUGUCCGUGACCCUGUGAACCCUGCGCCUAGAGACAAGAUGGAGAGCUUCUUCCUGGGUGAGACACUGAAGUAUCUCUUCCUUCUGUUCUCCGACGACAACGAGCUGAUCAGUCUGGAUAAGUACGUGUUUAACACUGAGGCCCAUCCGCUUCCUAUAUAUGGGCUUCUACAUCCUGACGAGCGAGACGGGGCUCAUGAUGGUCCUGAUGUUGACCUCAAAAAGUAAUGAUGCAGACUUGCAUAGGAAGUGACUCCUCAAAGGUUUUUUAUUAGAUUCUUAUGGUGGGAAGCGCUGCAGAGUUGAUUCUAUUCUGAAUAGAGGUUGUGAGUUAUGAACUGACAUUUAACUGUGCACUGCGGUUUAUUAGAAAAUGGUGAGACUUUUUAAUCAUUUAGAGGGGUUUUAUAAGGUAAGAUUUGGUUGUGGUAUCACAAAAUGUUUGUGGGAAAAAGCUUGGGGUGUCAUGAAAUCAUGUUCUUUAAGACAACGUGAGUUAUCUCAAACACUGUGUCUGCUUUAGUUGUUUACUUUAAUCUAUGAACUCACACGACGACUGCAGAGACAAUUGUGUAUGUUGGACAAGUCAAUUAGAUACUCAAAAUGCAUCCUGUGACGUGGAGGAAGCAUAACAUUUUAGAUGUCUCAUCUUCCACAUUUGGGACGGAAACAUUAAUGUCAAAGCUCCGUAAAUCACAAGGCAGACUGUGAUUCACACACACACACACACUGGAAAAAACAAGCAUUCUGUAAAAUGAAGACUUUUAUUUAGUUUUACAUUUUUCUGAGUUGAUGGAUGCUCUCGAUUGAAAUGCCUUGCCUUUAUGUUUGCAGGCUGUUCCAAAGGGACACUGCAAAUCAAUUUUUGUUUCCCUUUUGCAAGAGGCAAGAUGCAUUGGGAAUUGGUUUGAGUAUUUAGCAGUUCCUCUUUUGAGAUCAAAGUUAUUUGGGCUGGUUUGAAGCCUGCGGGAUUUUUUAUUUUUUGUUAUUUAAUUUAACUUCAGCCUUGCUUGAAUUGUUGCAUUGUAGAUUUUUGUUUUUGAUCCCACAAAAUUGUUGCAACAAAUUUUGUGGGAUCUUCCACAGCACUGGAUGCUGUGACGAUACAUUUUGUUCCAACUGAGAUCAAAUGUGUAUAUAUGCUUUUGUACUAAUUCAAAUUUCAUAGAUGAUUAAAAGCUCAACUAAUUGAAAAAGUAGUGUGAAGGAUAAACUGUUUGUCAUAAGCAGGACCACUGAAGUUGUUGCUGCUAUUAAAGCUCCAAAUUUUCCAUUUGUUGUAUCAGAGCACAGCUCUGAUCUAUAUCCAUGCACUGCCAUCUGUUACAAUAAUGUUAGAUGAUUGUAAACAGGUUUGCAGAGUUUAAGUUGUACAUCAAAUGUUUAUUUCUUAUUUUAGGUCCUUGAAUGCUCUGGGGGGGUUUUUUUGGUAACAUUUUACAAUAAGGUUGAUAAUGAACAAUACCAACAAUAAUUGCAUGUUUUAAUCUUGGUUCAUGUGAAUUUCUACAUAUGCUAAUACGUUUUUAACAUUUAAGUUAACAUUAGGUAAUGCAUUAUGAAAUAACGUGAACUAAGAAUACAAUAUAAAUGAACAUUAACCAAGAUUUAUAAAUGCUGUAAUCUGUCCUUACUUACUCAUCCCCAUGUUGUUACAAAGUAUGACUUUCUUUCUUCCGUGGAAUACAAAAGGAGAAUGUACCAUUUUAGUUCACCGUACAGUUGCUGUACUUUUGUGUUCUUUAGGAGAAAUAAAUUCAUAUGGGUUUGGAGAAACAUGAGGGCGAGUAAAUUAUGUGAGAAUUUACAUUUUUGGGUGAACAAUCCCUUUAAUGCAAUAUGAACUAACAUGAGUUAAUAAUGAGCAGUAGUGUAUUUAUAAAUUAACAUUAAAGGAAUAGUUCACUCAAAAAUGUCUCUCAUCAUUUACUCACACUUAUGCCAUCCCAGAUACGUAUGACUUUCUUUCUUCUGCUGAACACAAACAGAUUUUUAGAAGUAUAUCUCAGCUCUGUAGGUCCAUACAAUGAAAGUGAAUGGUGGCCAAAAAUUUGAAGGUCCAAAAAGCAUAUAAAGGCAGCAUAAAAGUUGUCCAUACCUCUCCAGUGUUUAAAUCCAUGUCUUCAGAAUCAAUAUGAUAAGUGUGGGUGACAAACAGAUCAACAUUUAAGCCCUUCUUACUAUAAAUUCUCCUCCCUGCCCAGUAGGUGGCGAUAUUAACAAAGAAUGUGAAUUGCCAAAAACAAAAGAAGCAGAAUGUGAUAGUGAAAGUGGAGAUUUACAGCUUUUUUUACCUUCAAUGUUUUGGCCACCAUUUACUUGCAUUGUAUGGACCUACAGAGCUGAGAUAUUCUUUUAAAAAAUUGUGUUUGUGUUCAGCAGAAGAAAGAAAGUCAUACUCAUCUGGGAUGGCAUGAGGGUGAGUAAAUUAUGGGAGAAUUUUCUUAUUAUAUUAUAAUUAUUUCUUAUAUAUAAUUAAAUUAUGGGAGAAUAAAUUAUAUUAAUAUACUAUAUAAUAUAUAUACACA